AAUCCAAAACAAAUAUGAAAAUAACGAAAAUAUCUAGGAUUUGCUAAAGAAGGUGAAUGAAUAACAUGAGAGUAGCUGGCGGCGGAUCCAGGAGAGAGAGAGAGAGACACCUUAACACUCAACAGCAGUAUCACAUGCAUAUCCUCAGUUUCUCUAAAAAUCCAACGGUUACGAUUCAUCUCUACCUCCCCAUCCAUCGGCUCUAACUUCAAUCGCGUUUUCAAAUCCACCACACCUAUCCUUCAUCCUCAACAUAAAUCCUCCCUCUGAGACCCUAACCACCUCUCUCUCUCUCUCUCUCUCUCUCCCCCAAUCAAUCGAUCUCAGAUCUCUCCAAAACCUCAGAUUCAUUCCAUUAUUAUUAUUUUCUUAAUUUAAUUGCAAUCCCUAUCGAAUAAAUUCAAAUCUUUUAAUAUUGUAAAUAUAUUUAUUAAUGAAUAAGAUGCAACCGAAUGGCUCUGAGACAUCGCAGGUCGACCACCAGAAUCAGCGGCAACAACAGCCACAGCAGUGGGUGCCGUUGCAGUAUGCGGCAGCGUCCAUGGUAAUGCAGCCGCAAAUGAUACCACCUCAACAUUAUCCUAUGCCUCCGCCGCCGUAUAUGCCGUACCAGUAUCAACAUCAUCAUCAGCCCCACGUGCAACACCACCAGCAACAACAACAACAUCAGGGAGGAUCCAGUGGUGAAAACAAGACUAUUUGGAUCGGUGAUUUGCACCAUUGGAUGGAUGAGAAUUACCUCCACACCUGCUUUGGUUCCACUGGAGAGAUUGCCUCCAUUAAGGUUAUUCGCAAUAAGCAGACAGGACUGUCAGAGGGCUAUGGAUUUGUGGAAUUUUUUACCCAUGCAACAGCUGAGAAAGUUUUACAAAGCUAUGUUACCGUGCUGAUGCCUAAUACAGACCAGCUUUUCCGCCUGAAUUGGGCAACAUUUAGCACGGGUGACAAGCGUUCAGAUAAUGGUCCUGAUCUUUCUAUUUUUGUAGGAGAUUUAGCUGCUGACAUUACUGAUAGCUUAUUGCAUGAAACUUUUGCUAGUAAAUAUCCAUCUGUUAAAGCUGCAAAAGUUGUCUUUGAUGCCAAUACUGGUCGCUCAAAAGGUUAUGGUUUUGUGAGGUUUGGAGAUGAUAGUGAGAGAUCGAAGGCCAUGACCGAAAUGAAUGGUGUCUAUUGUUCAAGCAGGCCCAUGCGAAUUGGUGCUGCUACUCCCAGGAAGUCAUCAGGAUAUCAGCAACAAUAUUCGUCACAAGGUGGAUAUGCAUCAAAUGUUGCCUCAGGCCAAGGUUUUCAAUCUGAUGGGGAUUCUUCAAAUACAACAAUAUUUGUUGGAGGACUUGACCCUGCUGUCAUUGAUGAAGAUCUCAGGCAACCUUUCUCUCAGUACGGUGAAAUAGUCUCUGUUAAAAUACCAGCUGGAAAAGGAUGUGGGUUUGUACAAUUUGCCAACAGAGACAAUGCUGAGGAAGCUUUGCAGAAGUUGAAUGGGACGGUAAUCGGCAAGCAAACAGUGCGUCUUUCUUGGGGCCGCAAUCCAGCUAAUAAGCAGUACAGAGCAGAUUAUGGGAACCAAUGGGGUGGUGCAUAUUAUGGAGGACAGAUCUAUGAUGGUUAUGGCUAUGCUCUGCCUCCACAUGAUCCAAGCAUGUAUGCAGCAGCCCCAGCCUACGGGGCCUACCCUGUUUAUGGCAGCCACCAGCAACAAGUAAGCUGAAGGAGCCGAAUGUGAUGUGUAGCUGCGGUAAUUAAAUGUUACCAUGCAAGAAAAGGCAAGUCUGAUAUCUCUGCAGUCCUCUCAGUUAUGUAGAAUUGUUAUAAAAGCCCUUCCGUGUUAAUGGAGCGGAACUGAAUUUUGACAGCCUGAGGUAGUUCUUUAGGGAUUGGAUUUAUUAUUUGUUUAGAACUAAGGGGGUUAAUGAGAAACUUAUUGUUGGAAUAUAUGCUGUUGCCUUGUGUGCUGCAGUGUGGUUUGUGGACAGAGAGUAUGUCAUUGGGUUUAAUCUAAAGAGUAUUGUUAUGUGCA